AUGGUCCUGCGGCACACCCAAGGCUGGACGGACCCUAGCCGUCCUGUCCUCAGUACCCCCUUGAGCCCACUUCUAAUUCGGUGGCUGGCGGAAUACAAUCCGCUGAGGUGUGGAGGAGGUCCCGCACCUUCACCUGCAGAACAGGUGCAGACAGAUGUCAAAGAAACUGUUUCCAACGCCAUCCCCUUUUCCUCUUCACUGUACAACCUGUCCACACCAUGGCGCUGUGCUGGCGAUAGAAGACACGAGUGUUCGGAGAACCUUUGGACCGAAGACUGUCGCCUUUCUGGCCAGGUCCCCUGUUGGACCCUGGUUCCCCGAGGCACAUGGGAGUGGGAUGGAUUGAUCCUGCCUGGGCUGCGGCCUCUACUCUGUUCUCCCUCUUUUCUUGCCUUCCCUGAUUCUCGUCGGCCCAGGUUUUCCUUGGUCUGGCUCACAGUCCUCCAGAACGUCCUUCACAGCAAAUGUUUCCCAGUUCGUCCAGGACCACCUUGGCGGGGACGUAGGAAUCCCUGGACGAGGCUUGGACUCCGGCACAGGCCCUCCUAUGGUUUCAGCAAUGCUGAGAAGCCGAAGGCCCUGGUCUUGGAGACCAGGACAGGGCCCUGGGAGGCCCAGGUCGAAAGGGGGCCAGUCAGCUCAUGGGGCGAGGGAAUGUCCUGCUCACACCCUCCACUGGGGUCUCAGAAUCAAAUCAGAGAGCAGUCCCGAGUGCCCACCUCAAGGUCUGAAGCGCCUCCUCCUCCACCCAGACCCGUACACGAAGUGGGCUGAAGGAGGCACUGAGGUCAGGACUGUCAGGGUCCUGCGCUGCUGGUCGCACGCAGCCUUCUUCCCCGGGCCGCAGCCAGCACGGCCUCCACCGUUUUCCUAUGGGCCCUGAGAGCCCUGACGUUGCGGCAGCGCCAGCCGGGCACGCGAAUGCGCAUGCGCCAGGCGCGCGUCACCAGGCGCGACGGCUGAGCCGGGGCUCGCGUCACAGUGACAGCCACCGUUGCCUGGGGACGGGCCCUAGCGGCUUGGCGGAGCUGGAGCCCUCCCUGGCAGUGCGUCGCGCUGGGCUAUGGCCCCCUCCUCUCCGGGGGAUCGUCGCCUUGGUACCCCGACCCUAGGAGUCGGGCAGGGCAGAACCAGGCUAAAGAAACGUCCAGCGUAGCUUCAAGGAUGCACCGCGUCAUCCCUAUCGGAUCUCCCCGACGCGUCAGGCCUGCCUAGACGGUGUUGGGAGCGCGUCUCCUUGAACGUUGUCCCGCCUGGGAUUGCGAGGAAUUAUCCGAUGAAAAGUAGAAGAGGUUGAAUGACUUUCAGUGGCCUUUUCUUCACAGGGCUCACCUGAAACUUCAUGUACCAUUGCACUUCCUGAGAAGCUGUCCCCAAUCCCAGGCUCCUAGCAAUGCUGUUCCAGUAAUCUCUCUUCUGUAAGACAGCCACUCCACCCACUGCAGUCUACAAGGAAAGCCUCCAUAGCUCUGAUUAUUCAGUAAGAACAGUCUCAGGAAAACAGGACCUUCAACAGAGAUAAGAGAAUUAAAAUAUGCAGACUAACAACUCUGGGAAUGGGCUGACCAGCCUGAUAAGAAUAGGCUGAUGGCACCUACAGAAGGCCACAAAACACUGACCAAGAAAGCAAUGACCAACAAAGCAAUGACCUGAGACUGCACAUUUCACAAGAAUGUUUUGAUCAUCAUUUUUUCUAAUUUCCCUUAAAAACCCCUGAUAUGGAGACAGAACUCGGCGGUCUUUGAACACUAGUUCACUGCCUCCCCUGGGUUGUUGGAUUCCUGAAUAAAGCUAACCAUCCUUUCA